AUGUUUGGUUUUCAAACUCUCGUCUGUCUUCAUGAUAUACCAAUUAUCCGUUCAUCAACUAAUAAACUUCAAGACGUAUAUACUAAAGCAAAGAAUACAAGUCCACUUAUUCGACUGCCAUGUAAUUUAGUCGAAAUAGUUGCUGAUAAAUCACUUAAAAUUGCUUCGACGGUUGUUAAUCCAUUUGUUAAACCAUUACGUGGACCUAUACGUGUAAUUGACAAUUUUACCGUUGAAACAAUUCAUCAGAUCGAGGCUAAUUAUCCUGCUAUUCAUACGCUUACUAAAGAAGUUAGAAAUAGAUUGAAUGAAAAAACUGAACGUGUUCGUCAUGUAAUGAACUCUGUCAAAGAUACAACAACAUCAACUAUUCAACAUGGCAAAGAAAUAGUUUCCAAUGUAGCAGCUGCAACAGUAAAUAUAGUAACAAAUGUUGCUGAUACUGUAUACACAUUCUGUGAAACUCAUGUACCAGGAAAAACAGUACCUGUUCAUGGUCAUGAUUUUGGUGGUCGAACAACACUUUUAUGGAAUCGUCUUACGUCAAGUGUUGGUUUAAAUAUUGAUCAAGUAAUGGAACCAAUUCAACGCUUAUUGAUAUGGUAUCGAAUGUUGAUUGUAUCUUGUUUAUUAAAAAUAUUACAAAAAAAUGAUAUUGUACUUCAUAAAAUACAACGAAAACGAUUUUUAUUUGUAUUACCACAACGAAUUUUAAGUCUUACGGGUAAUAUGGUUGAAUAUAUAAUUGAACGUAUUCGACCAGAUGAUAAGAGAGAAACAAAAGAACAAUCUCAAUUGAUGCAACAAAAACGACAACAAUUCAUUAGCCGACAAACAUUAAAACCUGGCGCUUUUGUUAUUACACGUCAAACUGCUCGACUUACAAAACAAGGUACAGCAAUAACUCGUGAUGAAAAUGGAAAAUCACCAGUAAUUGAAUCUGUUUCAAAUGAUGAUAUUGGCAUAUUACAUGAUCGAUUGAAACCAACUGAUUAUGAAUUUCUUUAUUCUCGAGUACCUGCUGAUGUUACAUCAUCUCUGGAUAAUCAAGAAUUUUUAGCAGAAGAUCAACUAAUGAUUCAUACAAAAUCUGAUUAG